AAGGAUAUGAACAGACAAUUUUCAGAUGAAAAAAUUGAAAUAAUUUCUAGUCAUAUGAAAAGGUGCUCUAAAUCACUAUUGAUCAGAGAAAUGCAAAUUAAGACAACUCUUGAGAUACCACUACACACCUUAAAUUGGCUAAGAUGACAGGAAAAAAUAGUGACGAAUGUUGGAGAUGUGAGAAAACUGGAAUACUAAUACAUUGUUGGUAGAGUUGUGAACGGAUCCAACCAUUCUGGAGAGCAAUUUGGAACUAUACCCAAAAAGCUAUAAAACUUUGCAUAUCCUUGGACCCAGCAGUGUUUCUACUGGGCCUGUAUCCCAAAGAAAUCAUAAAGGAGGGAAAGGGACCCCUAUGUGCAAAAAUGUUUGUGUCAGCCCUCUUUGUAGUUUUCCAGUUUUUCAAGAAACUGGAAAUUGAGUGGAUGCCCAUCAGUUGGAGAAUGGCUGAGUAAGGUAUGGUAUGUGAAUGUUAUGGAAUAUUAUUAUUCUGUGAGAAACGAUCAGCAGGAUGAUUUCAGAGAGGCCUGGAGAGACUUAUAUGAACUGAUGCUAAGUGAAAUGAGCAAAUCAUUGUACACGACAGCAGCAAGACUAUACUAUGAUCAAUUCUGAUGGAUGUGGCUCUCUUCAACAAUGAGAUGAUUGAUGCCAGUUCCAAUGAUCUUGUGAUGAAGAGAGCCAUCUACACCCAGAGGGAGGACUAUGGGAACUGAGUGUAGACCACGACAUAUAAUUCUCACUCUUUUUGUUAUGAUUUGCUUGAAUUUUAUUUUGUUUCUCACUUCUUUUCCUUUUUGACCUGAUUUUUCUUGUGCAGCAAGAUAAUUGUAUAAAUAUAUAUGCCUAUAUUGGAUUUAACAUAUAUUUUUACUAUGCUUAUUUAACACAUAUUAGAUUGCUUGCCAUCUAAGAGAGGGGUGGGGAGAAAGGGGGGAAAAAUUGAAACACGAGGUUUUUCAAGGUUAAUGUUGAAAAAUUGUCCUUGCAUAUGUUUUGAAAAUAAAAACUUCAAUAAAAAAUUAAAAAAAAAAACAAAAUUGAAACAAAACAAAACAAAUUUAAAAAAAAUUAUUGAUCAGUUGAUUGAAGGAAGGAUAGGAAUUCCAAAAUUGAAGUUAGAAGGAGGCCUUCUUAGGUAUAGGGAGCAAUAUGUAGGAUAUAGGCGGGGAUAGUGAACAGUCUAGUUUGGUUGGAAUAUGGAGUGUAUGGAGGGGAGGAGUAUCAUGAAAUAAGAUCGGGGCAGUUAGGGGGCACAGGGGAAAGAAAAUUGGCCCUGGAGUCAGGAGGAUCUGAGUUCAAGUCCAACCUCAGAUAGUUGAUAUUUACAAGUUAUGUGACUCUGAGCCAGUCACUUAACCCUGAUUGCCUUGCAAAAUAAAUACAUUAAAAAAUGGAAAAAAAAAAAAAAAAAAAGCAAAACCAAACCAAGAUUAUAAAACAGGGCAGAGAGCAGAUUGAAGGCCGAAGUGUUGAAAUUUUCGAAGAUUUUUGAUCUCUGCAUGAGCAAGAACACUCCAGCAGGGGUGUGAAAAACAGGUGGGAGGAGGGUGACCUCCUGGAACGCCAAGCCUGUCAGUAGGCAACUGUAUAGCCUUCGAGGCGUGCACAUGGGUGCCCUCCCCCAUCACGGAGGCAGCCCCGGGCCGCGUCCUUGGGGCACUUUCUAGGCCCUUUCAGGAGUCACACAGUUUCCUCGCAUUAGCUUUUCUGGGCCGCGGCCAAGCGUUGCCGAAUGGGUUCCCAUGCUGGGGAAGGGUUCUGGGGUGAUGGCAAGGUUAGAGCCCCUUGUUCCUCUGUGGAGCCGCUGGAUCUGGACGGAUGCCAGGGCCGCUUCCAGCUGCCUCCCCAGCUGCUGCGGGGGGCUCACCCCCAGCCGGCCCUCCCAGCAAAGUUUUAGGUUUUUUUUCUCUUGUCAGAUAUUCACUCCCACGCAGGAAAAAGGAAGCAUCUUUUGUCAAAUGCUGUGGCCACUUCCUUUUCAAAAGCCUCCAGCCAGCCUUGCAUUCUGCAGACCAACCCGGCUGUGAUCGGUACUCUAGGACCCGAGCUCGGUCAAGGAGUGUAAUGACUGGAGAGCAUAUGGCUUCCUUCCAUCAGCCAUCACCCCCCAGUGCCCUGGAGCGGCCCCUGAAGAUCGGCUGGCUGAAGAAGCAGCGGUCCAUAGUGAAGAACUGGCAGCAGAGGUACUUUGUGUUAAAAGGCCAACAGCUGUUCUACUACAAGGAGGAAGAGGAUGCUAAGCCUCAGGGCUCUAUGUAUCUACCAGGAAGUACCAUCAGAGAGAUUGCUACAAAUCCAGAAGAAGCUGGGAAGUUUGUCUUUGAAGUCAUCCCAGCCUCAUGGGACCAGAAUCGAAUGGGACAGGACUCCUAUGUCCUCAUGGCCAGCUCACAGUCAGAGAUGGAGGAGUGGGUGAAAUCUAUCCGAAGAGUCACUGGAUCACCAUCAGGAGUGGUAUUUGGUCAGCGACUGGAUGAGACUGUGGCAUAUGAACAAAAAUUUGGGAAUUACUCAGUGCCCAUCCUGGUGGAGAAGUGCAUGGAAUUCAUCAGAGAACAUGGCCUGAAUGAGGAAGGUAUCUUCCGACUGCCUGGACAGGACAACUUGGUAAAAAAGCUGAGGGAUGCCUUUGACGCUGGGGAGAGACCUUCUUUUGAACGAGAUACAGAUGUGCAUACCGUGGCCUCCUUGUUGAAGCUCUACCUUCGAGAACUCCCUGUCCCUGUGGUGCCCUGGAAUCAAUAUGAGGGAUUUCUGCUGUGUGGCAAACUUAUGAAUGCAGAUGAAUCAAAGGCACACCAGGAGUUGAUGAAACAGAUUUCCAAUCUUCCCAGAGACAAUUACAACCUUUUGAGUUACAUUUGUAGGUUCCUACAUGAAAUCCAGUUGAACAGUGCAAUUAAUAAGAUGUGUGUGGACAAUCUGGCCACUGUGAUUGGUGUGAACCUCAUCAGGCCCAAGGUAGAAGACCCUGCUGUGAUCAUGACAGGGACUCUCCAGAUCCAAAGAGUGAUGACCAUGAUGAUUCGAGACCAUGAAGUGCUCUUCCCCAAAUCCAAGGACAUCACCCCAUCUUCACCUGCCCAGAAACAUGACUCUAAGAAGUCUCCAGUCCCUCGGAGCUCAGUUGGCUGGGAUGCUGCUGAGGAUUCCUCCAUAUCCCGGACAGAAAGUUUUAGUCAGAUGACCAGUGACGCCAAUAGCAGCAGCUCUACUGGCCUAAAGACAGCAGACGAAACCCUGGAAUUUUCAGCCAGCAAAGGAAGUAAAGAACUCUCAGAAUCAUGGAAGCUGCAGUCUCGAAAAAGGACUCAGACGCUUCCAAACAGGAAAUGUUUCUUAACUUCAGCAUUGCAAUAUACCAACAGCAGCAGCAAAGUAGAAAUCUUUAACACAGAGUUCUGGUCCCCCUCCCCUGAAGGCAAAACCAGCGGACACAAAAGAACUCUGUCUCAGGACCUGCGGCACUUUUCAGACCUAGAACUGACUUCCCCAUGCAAUAGCAUCACCAGUGGCUCAUCACCUGCAGGUGACAAAACCAGCUCACCUGAUUUCCAGUCAGCCUCCAAGACCAAUUCUCUAGCGAGUUUAAACUCUGAGGAAAAAGAGUCUGCUCAGGCGGACCAGGAAUCUCUGCAGAAAGUGAUUUUAGAACUGAAAAAGGAAAUGGAGGCACAGAGACAGGGUUAUGAAGAACGGAUCAAAAGCCUCGAGAAGGAGAACUAUGACGUUUGGGCCAAAGUAGUGAGACUGAAUGAAGAGCUGGAGCAAGAGAAGAAGAAGUUAUCUGAGCUGGAAAUCAGCUUUCAAAGCAUGGAACGUUCACGGCAGGACAUGGAGAAGAGGAACAAAGUCCUGGAGGGAGAGCUCAAAGAAUGUGCCAAGUUGAAGUUGACAAAGGAGCCCAAUUCGAAUGCUUGAUGUUGGAGAUGGCAGAGGGUGUUGAUUUAGGACACAGUCUGACUUAUGAGCAUCUGGGAUGUGAUGCAGACACAAUUACCUCUCUUUCCUGAUAGGGGACUUGGAAGCAAAAAUGGUCCCUGUGAGAGAAAGGACCAUUUGGGAAACAAACAAGCAAAAAAUACCCUUUACUUCUGCCAGGAAGUUAAUAUGGUGGUCUACAUAGGAUGUGGCACAAGGCUGCCACAUGGAUCUCCCUACUGGAUGAGUUUGGAAAGAGAUAAGGCUUUUUCCUCUGUAUACCAGGAUGAGUGAAGAUGACAUCAAUUCUUCUAAUAAUGAAUGUAAAAUGAAAAUAUCUCUGGAAAGCUACAGUUUGGGUGAAUUCAGAAAAUCAGCUGGUUCUGGGCCACUGAAUUUUGGUUUCCUGAUUCUCUGAGUUCUGAAUGACAAGGGACAUGCAGUGAUAGUCAAUCAACUCUUGUUUAUCUGUAGUAUGGUUGGGAUGCCUUUUGACAUCCAGUUUUGAAUUUCCUACCAUUACUGCCUUGAAAUUGAGGCAAUCUGACUCAGUGGGACUCAGGACUUGGAUUCAAGUAUCAGCUUUGACACAUACAGGCUGUGUGAUUCUGGGCAAGUCACUUACAACCUGUACUUGCAGAGAUGGUGCUGAUACACAUUGAUAAAUUCAUUUUUCUAAUCUAAGUAUCCCUGCAGGGGUCGUCAAACGAUGGCCAUGGGCCAGAUGCAGCUGCUGAGGACGAUUAUCCCUCUCACCCAGGGCUAUGCAGUUUCUUUAUUUAAAGGCCUACAAAACAAAGUUUUUGUUUUUACUAUAGUCUGGCCCUCCAACAGUAUGAGGGACAGUGAACUGGCCCCCUAUUUAAAAAGUUUGAGGACCCCUGCGGAUAUCAAUGACAUCAACGAUUCGGUUUCUGUUCUUGAUAAUGUCUAUCAAGAUCUUAGACUACUUCCAUUCAGUUGUUAUGUUCUCAAGAAUCAGGAACCAUCAUAGAAAGGCAAAACUGGGACUUUAGGGUGUGUUUGGUACAAUUUAUCAUUUUACAGAGGGGGAAACUAAGGUCCCUGGAGGGGAUAUGCUUUCUGAUGUGCUAGAUGGAGUUAGGGACAGAACUGGACCUAGAACCCAGGUCUCUUAGUUUCCCACUCAAUGUUUUUUCUAUUGUCCCACACUGCUUCUGUAAGAAAGAACUGCUAGAAGAAAAUAUAAACUAUUUCAAAGCUAAAAAGAAA